AUGGAGACUGAACUUUGGAACAGCAUUAUGGGCCCCACAGGAACGGGGAAAUCCUCAUUUGUCCGCAACGCAGUCCCGCCGGCAUUGUCCAGUCGUAUCCAUGUUGGACAUAGCCUCGAGUCUGAAACGAGCGAGAUUCAACCCAUCCAGUGGGUGAACAACGAUGGUGUCAAAAUCAAGCUGGUGGACACUCCUGGUUUCGACGAUUCCCGUGAAGGACUGACUGAUACUGAUGUCCUCAAAAUGAUUGCGACUUUCCUGGAGAAAGAGUAUCGGGGAACCAUGUCAAGAGUUACUGGUCUGAUUUAUGUGCACCGGAUCGUUGACACUCGCAUGGGAGGCAAGUCGCAAAAUAAUCUUAGAAUGUUCCACAAACUUUGUGGCGAGGAUUCACUGAAGAACGUUUCCAUCAUCACGACGAUGUGGGACAAAGUCACACCGGAAGAGGGACAACAACGCGAACAAGAAUUGCGAUCGGGGCAUAAUCUUUUCAAGCCGCUACUGGACAAGGGUGCUGUAUUGGAACGUUAUGAUGGAACACCACAAUCUGCAUCGAAUAUUAUCGAUUACCUUCUACGCAAGGAAUCCACAACCGUUCAAAUUGUUCGCGAGCUCGUAGAAGAGCAGAAGCCUCUGGAGGAGACCGCAGCGGGUGCUGAGCUUCGCGGCGUUAUCAAUGCGCUUUUGGAGAAGCACAAAAAGGAAAUAUGUGAAUUGCAAGAAAAGAUGAUGCGUGAAAUGGCGGAGAUGAGGAGAGAGAUGAUGGUGGAGAAGAGUAAAGCGGAGAUGGAGGUCGCACGGUUGCGCAAGCAGCUUGACGAUCUGAAACGGGGUGUGGUGGAGUAA